CCGGCCCGCACGUCUGGGCAGCUGACUGUGCUCCUCUCCCAGCGCAGUAUUUUUGCAGAGACGUCACUGGGGGACUGGAGGUGACAGUUACCGGAGGAGCUCCUUCCAUGUAAACACCCGGAGUGGGGGUCCCCGGGGCCUGCGCAAAAAUGUCAGGAAACUCGAGUGAUAGUGAAUCAUCAUGUGGCUGGACCAUUCUCAACCAUGAGGGCUCGGAUAUAGAGACCCUGCCCUCUGAAGUUGGACCAUGUCCCGACCUUGCUUUCGACCACAGUACAACAUUUGUUGAUAACGUGCAUCCAGAUUCAGCAGGUGUCUGGAGCAACGAGGUUUCUAUAUCAAAUGUGGAAAAUCUGCACUACACUCCAGAAGACCAGCAGGGGGUUACAGAGCAAUCACCCUCUUGCGGCUCAUACACAAACCCAGUCAGCUCACCUGUGAACACUGAAGACCACCAUAAGCAGGGGGCUGUCGGUGAGGAUAGUCACUGCGAGGCAGUUAGUGAUGACUCCGAUAUUGUUACCUUAGAACCUCCCAAAGUGGAUGAAGUUGGGCCAUUGGAGGAGGAGAUUCCAGAAGAUUUGUCUGGAAACAAAGACCUUAACAUGAGCUUUUCUUCUAGUAGCCAGUAUACCUUCAGCCAGCCAGAAACUGUUUUUCCAUCCCGGCCCAGCGAAGAGGACUCAAGUAAUGAUGAAGCAAGUGACGAUUCUGGUCCGAUUCUGCGACGCAGACGUUCUAGGAAGUCAACAACCUCUGGAUCUGAGAGUGAGAAUAGGGCACCUACCGAGCAACCACCUGCUCCUGCACCAAGAACAUCUGGGUGGAUGAGUAGCGGCUUAAACAAGUGCAUUAUCCUGGCUCUAGUUAUAGCAAUAAGCAUGGGCUUCGGACAUUUUUAUGGUACUAUUCAGAUAUUAGAGCGGCAAAGAUAUGUGGAAAAAAUCCUUGAGAGUGAACUUAAUGAAAUGAAGGAUGAUUUGCAUCAGUGUCAGAGGGAACAAGAAGUCACAGUUGAUCAUGAGGACGCUACUGGACAGCUUUCGGAAGACUUUGAAGAGAAACAAGAUCUAAUGCUAUCUCUCGAAAGCCUGAUGGUCAAAAUCACCAAAGAGAACCACAUGCUUAAACAAAAGCAGAAUGAACUAAAGUUAGAGGCAGACGACAUUGCAGCCAACCUGAAAACUACUGAGGUUCAAAAUCGAAACCUUGCACUGGAAAACCAACAUCUAAGGGAGUCUUUGGAGAAGGAGGAACAAGCGUUAUCUUCCCUAAAAGAAGAGCUCAGGAAACUUAGAGAGCAGAUCAGAAACCUGGAUGAAAAAGGAAGGCACGAGAUCAUGCAGUUAGAGAAUCAGAAGCUAAAAGAACAUCUGAAAGAGGAACGACAGAAAGUCCGCACCUUUAGAACACAGAAGGAGAGCCUUCUAAAUGACGCGCAGUUGUUAAGAAAAGAGCUGGAUAAUGAGCGGACAAUUACUGACUCCCUAAGGGUAGAACUGGAGGAAAUAAGUAAGAGGAGAUCUGCAUCGUCCUACCAAAGCGACCAUGAGAUAGAACAUUUGAAGGACCGUCUUACCGAGUUAGAAAAGAAACUCAAUUUCGAACAACAGAGGUCAGAUUUGUGGGAAAGACUCUACAUUGAAACCAAGGAACAAAAUGAGAAACUGGAAGCUGGGAACUCACAUCAAGAAGCCGAUCCCUCUAAGGAGGGAACGUCAAAAGGUAAAACAAAAAAGAAGGAAAAGGAUACAUUCUUUAAUUCAGUAAAAGAUACUUUUGAUGCUAUGAAGAAUUCUACCAAGGAGUUUGUGAGACAUCACAAAGAAAAGAUCAAACAAGCAAAAGAAGCCGUAAAGGAUAAUUUGAAGAAGUUCUCCGAUUCUGUAAAAAAUACUUUCAGGCACUUUAAAGACACCACUAGAAACAUGUUCGAUAAAAACUACAAUAGGAAACAUGCAGAAAGGAGGCGGGAAGAAACCAAGGGAGCUCGUACGGUGCGCCGCCAGUACAACCCCCAUGCGGAGAAGAUGUACUCUCACAAGGCAACAGCCGGUCACCACGAAUAUGGAGGUCCACAAGAUGACCAAAACAGUGACCAGUAUAAACAUACAGAGUCCUGGAAAUCCACUAGUGAGGAGAAGAUCAAGAUCUACCCCAAUAAAAAGGGCUGCUCUGGAGUGUAUGACUGCGCUCACCAGGAGUCCAUCAGCCUCUUCAACAAGGUUUUGGACCCUGUGAGAGUAGAAGAAUUCAAUGACCUGAUGCAAGUAUAUUUACAGGAACAGGUAGACAACUUCCAGCACUGGGAAGAACUAGAACAGUUUAUUAACGGAUUUUUUCCAGAUGGCGUUUUCAUUCACGAUCAGAUGCUUUUCACUGAUUUUGUGAAAAAUGUUGAAGAUUAUCUUGAAGACAUGAAGGAGUAUCAGACGAACGCUGGAGGGGUCUUUGAAGAUCUGGAUGAGUUUGUGUACAGACACUACUUUGGAAAUGCUUAUUCGACACCAUAUGGACCAAGAAAACCAGAAAGAACAACUUACAAGAACUCAGAGAAUAAAAAUCACAGAAAGGAGGAAGAGAAGCAUCAGUCCCGAUAUAAGAGAGAAGGUAAAUGGAAUAAGCAUGGGCGUGCCAAUGGAAGACAGAUGGCAAAUGUUGAAAUAGAAUUAGGGCAACUGCCCUUUGAUCCAAAAUAUUGAUCAGCAUGGAUCCCUUUAAAUCUUAAAGGCAUAGUUGUAAGAUUAGAGGCAGGAUAAGCACGGUGUGGCUCUGUAAGUGCUGAUGUAAGACUUGUAGUCACGGACGUCUUAUCCUAGUACUAUGUGUCUGGUGUUCUCUGUUGUGCAAUCUGUUUGGGCUUUGCUAAUGUUUGAUUUCGUAAUAAACAGAUUACUUUCCAUUUGCUUGCAUGAUUCCCUGUCAUCCAUGAUCUCUAAAUCACAAGGAGUCAUGUUCAACAUUUGUUGUGCUGUUACCUGUGCAAUGUUCACUUUUAUAAUGGAAUACUGGUUACUCUUUAAAGGAAAUCUGUCCGUAGUAUGACCCGCAC